CUCCCUGCCACAGACAGCUCGCCGACAGCUCGCCAGAGCCAUCCCCUCCCACCAUGCCAUCGAGCUCCGUGUAUACUGGCUGGCCUGACACCCCGCGGGCCUCGCGAGAGGAGUUUGUCGAGCUGAUCCAGCAGGCUCGUGCCCUCCGCGAGCACCGGCUGACUUCGACCAACUCUUCUGGGGCCUCCAUUCGCCAGCACGACCCCUCCCGUUUGAUUCUCAGCGGCGAUGUGGCUGUCGAGUACGACCUCGAAAAGUCUGCAAUCCGCUUGUUCAUCAGCUCGACCUUCACCGAUUACGAAUGGGAGAAGAACGGGCUCUUGCUCGACGUCUUUCCGUUUCUGAAGGUGUUCUGCAAGGAGCUUGGCCUGGAGUUCCAUCCCUUGGAUCUAACCUGGGGGGUCAGCCACUACGAUUCCGACGACCAUACCACAACUGAGGUCAUCUUCAACGAACUGUCAAAGUCGAUCAAGCAGUCGGCCGGCCCUGCAUUUGCGUGUCUGCUGGGCAACAAGUAUGGCUACCGCCCUCCUCCUCGCACGCUGUCGGUCGAGGAAUACGACAUCAUCGUCAACAAGCUGUCGAUCGCAUCUGAGGGUGAUGGAAACGAGAUGCUCCGACUCGUUCAGGAUUGGUACGAGAAAAACGACAACAUCAACCCGCCCGUCUACCAGCUCAAGCGUGUUUCUUCGCACAUCCCCAACUUCAUCUCGGAGGACCCUGUCCUUCAGGCCGAAGCGCGGGGAGAGUGGGUCAAGGUCUCGAUGAGUGUCCAGAGGGCCCUCCGCAAGGGCAUCGAAGGGCAGCCCGAGGAGACCACCGAAAAAUACCGCUCCUCGACGACACAUAGCCAGGUGUCCAUCGCAAGCAACGAGACCUUGGGCCGCGAAACCGACAGCUUUUUCUGCUUCCAGCGGAACCUCAUCAACCUGGUCAAGUAUGCGUCGCAGCAGCAUGUCGAGGCCAGCAAAUUUAUCGAUCUGGAUAUGCUCAACGACAACCAUCCGAUUGACAUGGAGGCCAUCGGCCGCAUGAAUCGCCUGCGAAAAUCCAUGUUCCCCAACCACGACUACGAUAUCGAGUGGGACGAGGGCGAUGGCCUCAAUCCCCUCAAGAGUCCAGAGCAGGAGGCGUACCUCAAGCAGUUCUGCGACGACUUUUCUGUUGCCAUCGCCGGAGGGGUCAUCGAGGCCUACCAGAUGCAGAUGGAGAACCCCGAGCUCCAUCCCAUCGUUCGCGAAGUCAACUCGCAUCGUGAGAUCGCCAUGGAAGAGUGCAGCAAGUUUGUUGGCCGCGAAGAGUUCAUGGUCCAGGUCAAACAGUGGGUGCAGCGACCCUUUGACUACUCGGUCUUUAGCAUCGUGGGCCCCUCUGGCUCUGGCAAGACCGCCUUGAUCUCCAAGACCAUCCAAGCGAUCGGCGUUGCUAAUCCUUAUGCGCAGGUUGUCUACCGAUUCGUUGGCGCAACACCCGAGUCGUCCGACAUCCGCUCCAUUCUCCACUCGAUCUGUGUCCAGAUCGGCAUCCUUUACGAGGCCGAUGCACCUAUCCCAACCGAGUUCCCCCUUUUGGUGAACCAACUCACCAAGUUCCUCACGCUGGCGACGUCACUGAAGCCGCUCAUUGUUGUCAUCGACUCAAUCGACCGUCUUGACAGCGACUAUCGUAGCCUUGAGCUGGGCUGGCUCCCGAGGCACAUCCCUCCCAACGUUGUCUUCAUCUUCUCUGCAUCUCCGCAGGCUGACGGCAAGCCCAUCCCGGCCCUGGCUCGUCUCUUGAUCUCCGAGAAGCAAAUUUACCAUGUCAAGCCGCUGCCUGUCAAAGACCGAGAGUUUAUCGUUGCCAGCCGCCUUGGCGCUGCCGACAGAGUUCUGACUGCCCCCCAGCAGGAGUGUGUCAGGACAUUCUGCGAGGCGCACGAGUGCCUUGCAGAGGUGGCUUUGUGCGCCGAGAUCGCUUCCAAGUGGAGCUCGAGCGAUGCAGCUGAUCCGCUUCCGUCGUCUCUGGACGAGCUGGUUUCCAAGUCCAUUCUGGAACCUCUGGAAAAGAAGCACGGACGACUACUUGUUUCGAAGGCCCUGGGUUAUUUGACUGCGUCCCGCUUCGGGCUGAGCAUGCUGGAGAUGGACGAUCUCCUAACACUCGACACCGAGCUCAUGGAGUUGAUCGAAAAGAUCCACAGUCCGUCCCUCAAACGCAUCCCCCCUCUCUUGUGGACCUCGCUCAAGCGAGACCUCGAGGGCCUCGUGCGCGAGCAGCUCUCAUUCGGAGAGACCGUAACUGUCUGGAGGUACCCUGCCGUCAAGGCUGCGGUCCAGAGAAUCUACCUUGGCAGCGACUCUGUUGCGCAGCAGACGCACCGAGCUCUCGCUGAGUACUGGAGCGGCUGCCGCGGCAACAUCGAUCUUUCGGACGAUAUUGAAACCCAACCGCUACUCCUGGCCAGCCGCACAGACAGGACCGGAGUGGUCACGCAAGUCUACCAUCUCCUCCACGCCGCGGAGUGUACCCAGGCGUUUGACAUCAUGACCGACCUGCGGGAGAUCCAAGGCGCAGCCGAGAAGCAGCUUCUCUUUGCCUUCCUCAAGAACUUUGACAUUGCCUCCCGCGAGCACCCGGACAAGAUCGACGCGCGUGUCUCUGCCUUCCACAAGUUUGUCCAACGCGAACUCCGGCUUCUGAGCCUCCAUCCAGGCAUCACCCUCCAGCACGCCGCCAACCAGCCCAAAGACUCGCUCGUUGCCCUCGCUGCUCGCCAGAUCCUGGAAGAAAACGGUAGCGUUUGGCUCGACUGGCUGACCCGCGACGACUCGCAGCACGGAUGCUUCCAGACCUUUGAGCUUGGCUAUGCUGGCGCCUCGGAGGGCUUCAGCAUCAUUGCCCUCGAGAUUGCCAGCAACACGGUCUUUUCGGCCUCGUCGGACGGCAUCCUACGCAAAUGGGAUGUCCAGACAGGGCUCGAGACCUACCGCAUCCACUUCCCAUCCUUCAAUGACGGCGAUGGCGUCCUCAAGCCUGUGCUCCGCCUGUCGCACAGCGGGGCCAUCCUGGCUGUCUGGUGGCCGACCGAGUCCGUUAUCCAUCUCAUCGACGCGGCCACGUUUGAGGAGAAAAAGUGCUUCGAUCUCGGCUGCGACCCCAAUUUGUUGGUUGGUGUGCGGGUUAUGCAGUGGAUCAACGACGACACUGAACUUGCCGUUGCCCUUGGUCAGGGCCGCGACGUCGACAUCGACCCGUGCACCUGCGAGCUCUCGGUCUGGGAGCUCGAGGGCUGCACGCUCAAGCAGCUGCUGCUCGAAUACGACGGACAGAUCGCCAUGGUCGACUCUGGCAAGGUCAUUAUGUUUGGCACCAUCGCCAACAAGGACGCGGUGUGGAUCGAGCUCGAGACCGGCACCUUUGGGUACGGCCUGUAUCCCUCGAAGCUGGAUCCCAACAGCGGCGACUACAGUCGCCACGAGGCGCCUCUGGCCCUCGCCAUGAGCCACAACGCACUCUUUAUUCUCGUCGCAACCUCGCGAGCCAUGUCGGUGAUCGACACAUCCACCGGCAACGUCGUCGGCCUGAUCAACAAGAAGCUCGACGACAACGUCAACCUCGCCGCCGUUUCGAACGACGGCCAGGUCGCCCUCUCGAGCUUUGGCGGCGUCGUGGAGCAGUGGAUUCUCGUCGCCGACUCUGUCGAGAUGCUGCGCAUCAGCCGUGAUUGCCUGCACACCAAUCACAUUCACGCCAUGCGCUUCGACCACCGGUCCCCGGCCAACAUCCUUGCCACGGCCGGCAACGACACCACCAUUCGGCUUUGGGACAUUUCGCAGGCCAAGACCCGCUCGACCGUCCCAGGCGAAUAUGUCGAGUGCCCCGGAGUCAUCGACUUUGUGCGAAACGCACAGGGCGAGCCCGUGGCGGUCGUCAGUGCCGGCAAGCAGGGCAUGCUCGAGAUUGUUGAUCUCGAGCUCAAGAACAAGAUGACGAGCGUGUUCAUCCAGGGCAUCGAGCAGGUCGUCGCCCAUCCCACCGAGCCGUACUACAUGUCUGUCUCGAUCAACGGUGUCGAGCUCUUCUCGUCGACACCGACGGCCCUGUACGAAGAGCUGGAUCCCCUGGCCGAGACGGACCGCGACUGGCCUGUUGCUGGAGAGAUCUGCUGUGCCUUUGCGCCCGUUCAGCCCAGAUCCGGUGGCGCCGCCUCUGGCCGCGCACAGGACUCGAUCGAGCUGGCCGUCGGCUACUCCAACAACGCCGUCAAGUUCUACCACUACACCGAAGGAUCGCCGAUCCCCGCGCUUGUCGGCUGGUGGGGAAAGGACGAUGGCACUCUGACAGGCAACCCCAGCGGGUCGGUCAGCCGAAUCGAGCGCCUCGAGUACUCGUGCACCGGACAGCUGCUGGCCGCCCUUACCGACGGCUGGGACGCAGAGCGCAAUGUACUCAUGAUCUGGAAGCGCCGGGACGAUGCCGUUGUCGAGUUCAAGAGCCCCCACUCGGGCAAGCCCAUCUCGGCAUUUGCGCGACGAAACGAGUUCCUCUUGGCGACGGGAUCGAUGCGCAGCGGCGACCGCACCUCGCUGUCGCAGGACGACUCGGACUACGUCGUGCGGCUCUGGAACUUGGCCAAGGGCACCAGCAGCGACCUGCCGUCGGGCCCUGUCAUCUCCAUGUCCUGGUCGGAUGAUGACUCCAAGCUCUUGACGAUGCGCGAAGGCGACGGCGCCAUUCUUGUCUGGAAUCCGGUCUCGGGCCGGUGCAUCCACACGAUCUGGAUGGGCUCCAACAUCGCCCCGACUGUCGGCCGACUUUACAUGACCGAAGACACGGACUACGUUGCCAUCGGCGGCUUUGGCGGCAAGGGCCUGGUCAUUGCCAAGCUGCACGGGCUCACGGACCUGGAGGUCCCCGAAGAAGAAGGCCCGGAUCAGCCAGUCGUCCCAACCCAGGCGCUCAAGGGCAAGCCUGUGAUCUGGCUCCCUUCAUCCAAGGGCGGAUGGCUCCCGAUCGCCAUCCACAGCCGCAACUUUGCUGGCCUGAUCUUCUUGGUUGCCAACGCUCGGGCGCAGAAGCGGAUGCCACAGAAGCUCCUGGACGCGUUGCUGCCGCUGACUUGCGGCAUGACCGAUCCAGUCGAGCCGGUCUGGGAAGACGGCUUCGAAUACCUCACAGCCGAAGGCGCCGAGAUCAGCAAAGCCGAUGACGGCACCUGGGGCAUCUGGCGGGAGAAGCUUGUUAUUGCCGUCGGAAUGCAUCACCAAAGCCUGAUCGACGCCCUCCAGCAGGCCGGCGUGACGAUCGGGGACACCGUCGGGGACGCCAUGUGGCUCUGCGACCUGCUCCGACGCAUCCUUCUGCGGACGGACUGGGAGCCCUCGCUCCCGGAUGUCACCGGACGGCGCCAGGAGUUCUUCAUGCGCGUGGUCUUCCACUUUGGGGAACUCGGCCUCACGGCGCUCCGCAUGGAAGGGGCCACGUUUGCACGCGAGGCCUGGCGAAGCAGCGAGAAGGAAGUCCAGGGCCUGUAUUACUCCACGAUCCAACAGAUUGGCCCGGAUGCGGUGCGCCGCUGAAGCGACUGGCGAUGUUUGUCGCAGACUCGAUUUGCAUUUGCUUCGUGUUUAGUUUAGCGAGGGGGGGGGCUGCCCAACCUCGAUCUGUCUUGUAUUCGUUUUCUCUCUCGCUUUGGCCAACUUGGUCUGCCCUAUCCUCAGCCUGACUUGGCCAGUGGUUCUUUUCUUUGUCUGUGUCGACUUGUUCUGCGAGCCGUCUCCUGGUCUCGGCCUAUUUUGCUCUCUCCCGAGACAGCCAUGGAACAUGUCGGCUGCAGAAUCCCCUCUUCCUCAUUGGCUAUACCUUGGUGCUACACUUUAUUCAGAAAAAAACGGGACAAUAUAGCCGUUUCCAUGAACAUGUAGUAUGUGAUGGCAUGCGUCAAGCAAAGCCAC